CGUCCUACAGAAUUACUUUGCCGUUUCCACGCUCGGCCUUGUCGGAAGCGUGCUUUUCUGGACGGGCAUCUUUGCUUCGAUAUUUGCUCCUAAUAUGACAUGGAUGACUGUUACAUUCGGAUUCAUUCAGGGUGCGGGAUCCGGGAUCGUGUCUGUGGCAGUAACCGUGGUAAUUAUGAUGUACUUUGACAAGUACAGAGGUUUCGCUACGGGCAUUCGCUAUGCCGGCUACUCCCUCUCAUCACUUCUCUAUCCACCAGUCCUAGCACUGCUAGACGAAUUAUUUUCAUUCCGCCAGGUGCUACUAUUGUUCGGUGCCAUCAGUCUCCACCUCACACCCCUCGUGCUCGCCCUAAAGGAACCUCCUUGGGCGAAGAUGUCAGCACCGCCUAAAAGGCGUAUUGUGAAAGGGUCAACAAAGUUUUGUGGUUCAACUGUCUCGACGGUCGAGGAAUGCCGCCAAGAAGAGCGAACUAAUUCCACAGAAACAUUUACGCCGAGCUUUUCAGUCAACGCACGAGAAAAUAUCUUAAGAUCUAACAACUCUUUCGGCAAUGGGCACACAUACGAGUCAAAGUCUGUAGUCGACCAGCCGGCGAGAGAAAUAAAGUGCCCAAAAUAUGUAUCCAACGGGCAGGCUAAGCUAGUUCAAGCGUAUUUUGCGUACAGCAGAAACACGAUCACAAAUCAAGACGUAGGAAUUAAUGAGGGCAUCAAAAGUGGAUCUUCAAUUCCUACGACCUUAGUUGGGGCAGCCAAGAACUACGCAAUUUUACAGCGAGGUCAGUUACCUGAAGCGUCGGGAGAAACGCAGACGCCUGUGGGCGUCACUGACGGUGACAAUUCGACGAGCUCUUCCGAGACCACGCGUUUACAAGAAACUUCACGCCUCCGGCUUUUGGUGAACCCAAUUUUCUGGGCAGUCGUUCUCGGUGGUGUUCUGGCGGACUACACCGACUGUGCUGUGAUGACAACUCUUGUGGAUUCUGCGCUUGACCGCGGCGCAACAAGCUACGAAGCAGAUCUGUCCAUAGCGUGUUCGGCACCGUCGCAACUGUUGGGGCGCGCCUUGCUACCGUUGAUCGCUGAUGUAGGUUUUGUCAACCGCACGACUCUGGCCUGUGCCUGCUACUUUUUGUUCGCCGCCAGCAUUGCUCUACUCGCCACUUACACGGAGCUUCGCUACGUAUGCGCCUUGCCUGGCGCUUGCGUCCCUCUUCAUGGGCAGCUUGACGACGAUGAAGCACGUGGUCACGGCCGAUUACUUCGGCGUUGACGCAGUGCCGUCAGCCUGGGCCACGACCGGUAUUGUAAUGCUGCCAAUGCUGCUCUGCAACCCGUUUAUAUUAGGUUUCUUCAGGGAUAAACAAGGCGCUUAUGACAACUAUUAUUACUGCCUGUGCUGCUUGCACUUAAUCAUGGGAACAAUAUUUAUUGUACUGAGAUGUUCCACUUUGAAGAGGCAGAAAACAUGGACUAUCCAACCGGAAGGGUCGGAGCGAUAAUGACGUUGGGCAGCAGACUAGUAGUUGCAGGCAAUACGAACAAGAAAUAGACAAGUGCUUCAUCGCUAGUAUGGAACGCAGCACAUCGAACAUUCUCUAAAACGGGGUAGUACCUUUAGUACAGUGGUCGUAUGUGUGGCAGUGCUCUGCGCAAUGAAGUGAACUGGUGCCACAUUUGGUAAACAGCGUGUUAAGUUUACCCGUAUAGGUUAGUGCCGGUCGUUCCGUCAGUUUCAUUACGACACAGAAGUGGCCAAAUGAACUCCAAUACAUAUACGCGUACACAGUUACUGAAGUUUAUACACGGACUGACUCAUCAUCCGAACGUAUUUGGUAUCUUAGUACUGUUGUGGUUUCUGUUGUCGCGAAAUAAACAUAUGUCA